CAACUACCCCGCCAAUGGCCCGUGCCUCUCCAUCCGCCCACGGCCCCUUCCCCCCACUGAUUAGACCAUCUCAGCCAAACAGAGCCCUCGGGUGGUCUCGUGUGGUCCGCAUUCGCAUGCCAACACGCCAGCUAUUCAUUCUCCACCUCCCCGCCUCCCUUCUUCUCCUUCUUCUUCUCUCUCGGUACAAUCUCUGCUGCUCUUCAUCACAAACGACUAUCCAUCUCCUCUCCCUACAUCAGCCCGUCCAACACCACUUGUGUGCCGGGUCAUCGAAGCUCAACAACUUACCCCUCCACCCAUAACACAUCCUCCCCCCACCCCAACAAAAUGGUCAAAGCCGUUGUUGCUGGUGCCUCUGGAGGCAUUGGACAGCCAUUGUCCCUCUUGCUCAAGUCUGACCCCAACGUCACCGAGCUCGCACUGUACGAUGUUGUCAACACCCCCGGCGUCGCUGCCGAUCUCUCUCACAUUUCCUCGCCUGCUUCCGUGACCGGCUAUCUGCCCAAAGAUGACGGCCUCAAGCAAGCUCUGACUGGCGCUGACAUCGUCGUCAUCCCCGCUGGCAUUCCCCGCAAGCCCGGUAUGACCCGUGAUGACCUCUUCAAGAUCAAUGCCGGCAUUGUUCAGGGUCUGAUCGAGGGCAUCGCUCAAUACGCCCCCAAGGCAUACAUCUUGGUCAUCUCCAACCCCGUCAACUCCACCGUCCCAAUUGCAGCUGAGGUGCUCAAGCGCGCCAAUGUCUUCGAUCCCAAGCGCCUGUUCGGUGUCACCACCCUUGACGUCGUACGAGCCGAGACCUUCGUUGCCAGCCUCAGUGGCAGCAAGAACCCUUCAGAUACCACCAUUCCCGUCAUUGGUGGACACUCCGGAGAGACCAUUGUUCCUCUCUUCAGCCAAGCCAAGCCUGCUGUCAACAUUCCUGCUGAGAAGCUCGAUGCCUUGGUGAACCGCGUACAAUUUGGUGGUGAUGAGGUUGUCAAGGCAAAGGACGGUGCUGGCUCUGCCACACUCUCCAUGGCGUACGCCGGCUACCGAUUCGCUCAGAAGGUCAUCAAGGCCGUCAAGGGCGAGAAGGGUAUUGUCGAACCCAGCUACGUCUACCUUCCCGGCGUCCCCGGUGGCGAUUCCAUCGCCAAAACUACUGGUGUCGACUUCUUCUCUGUUCCUGUCGAACUCGGCCCCAACGGUGUCGAGAAAGUUAUCGACGUUGUAAGCAGCGCCAACGACCACGAGAAGAAGCUCCUCGAAGCCGCCUACUCUGGUCUGAAAACCAACAUCUCCAAAGGCGUCGAAUUCGUCAACAACCCUCCCCAAAAGUGA